UCGAUCUGAUCCCAAGCCAUGAACCGAGUGGUAGUGAUGUCGGGUCUGAGGACACCCUUUCUUCGGGCCAACACUCACUUCCAGGACGUGAAGGGCUUUGAGCUCUUGAGGCACGCGUUGAUCGCGACGGUCAACAAAGUGGACCAAUUGGACAAAAACGAUGUCAAUUACGUGGUCGCAGGUCAGACAUUUCAAACGGGAAACUCCAACGUAGCGCGCGAUUCGGUGAUCACCGCUGGGUUUGAUGUCCGCAAGACUGUCGCCCAUACCGUAACGCAGGCCUGCAUUAGUGCCAAUCAGGCCAUCACUUCUGUGGCCACUCUCAUAGCCACCAAUCAGAUCGACUGUGGCAUCGGCUGUGGUGUGGAAUCGCUGUCCGAUCCGCCCAUUCGGGUCACAAAGGCUCUUCGCCGAUGGCUUCUGGAUAUGAAUAAAGUGCGGACCACUUCUCAGAGACUCAGAAUGCUUGUGAAACUGCGACCAUCGAUGGUGUUUGGCUUUGAGGCGCCGCCGAUCGCCGAGUUUACCACCGAUGAGACAAUGGGCCAGUCGUGCGAUCGCGUGACCGCCGCAUUCAAAGUGUCGCGCGAAGAACAGGACAGGUUUGGCGUCCGAUCGCAUCAAAUGGCAGGUGAGGCUCAAAAGGCGGGACAUUUGGCGGAUGUGUCGCCAAUUCUUGUGUCCAAAAUCGGUCUUGUGGACAAAGACAAUGGGAUCCGUUCGGCGACGUAUGACUCUGUGGCUAAACUGAAGCCGGCGUUCACGAAGACAGGAACGGCUACCGCUUCCAACUCGUCGUAUCUGACGGACGGCGCUUCGGCCACACUAUUGAUGUCCGAACGAAAGGCCAAGAGUUUGGGUCUGAAACCACAGAUCUAUAUCAAAGACUACAUAUACGUAGCCAUUGAUCCUAAAGAGCACCUGCUAUUAGGUCCGGCGCACGCCAUCACCAAAUUGCUUAAGAAGAAUAAUCUCACGUUCAAAGACAUCGACGCGUUUGAGUUGCACGAGGCGUUCAGCGGACAAGUGUUGGCCAAUCUUAAGGCCAUGGAUUCGGAGGAAUAUUCGCGAACAAAGAUUGGCACAGAAAAGGCGGGUCUAAUACCGAUGGAUCGGCUCAACACUUGGGGCGGUUCCGUGUCGUUGGGCCACCCGUUCGGCGCCACCGGUUCACGAUUGGUCAAUAUGGCCGCCAAUCGGCUCCUGGAGUCCGGCGGGAAGUACGCGAUGAUCGCCGCCUGCGCUGGCGGUGCGUUAGGACACGCCAUGAUUCUCGAGAACUGCUCUUAACCUAUGGAUCAAUUUAUGGUGA